GCGCGGGCCCGAGCGGGGCGGAGUCGAGCCUGCCGGAGCUCCGCCCCCAGCGGAGGAGGCCGAGGCCGGGGGCGUGUCCGGGGCGGGGCCGUGCCCUGCCCCGCCCGGUCGCCGAGCAGUGGCCAGCGCAGGGAGGGCCCGGCCCCGGGAUGCCACACACAACUCAGCUGUACCAGCAUGUGCCGGAGACACGCUGGCCCAUCGUGUAUUCACCACGCUACAACAUAACCUUCAUGGGCCUGGAGAAACUGCACCCCUUUGAUGCGGGAAAAUGGGGCAAGGUGAUCAGCUUCCUGAAAGAAGAGAAGCUUCUGUCAGAUGGCAUGCUGGUGGAGGCACGGGAGGCUUCGGACGAGGAUCUGCUGGUGGUGCACACGAGACGCUAUCUCAACGAGCUCAAGUGGUCCUUUGCUGUUGCCACCAUCACAGAGAUCCCCCCUGUCAUCUUUCUCCCCAACUUCCUUGUGCAGAGGAAGGUGCUGAAGCCCCUUCGGACCCAGACGGGAGGAACCAUCAUGGCAGGGAAGCUGGCCAUGGAGCGAGGCUGGGCCAUCAAUGUGGGUGGAGGCUUCCACCACUGCUCCAGUGACCGGGGCGGAGGCUUCUGUGCCUACGCGGACAUCACACUGGCCAUCAAGUUUCUGUUUGAGCGAGUGGAGGGCAUCUCCAGAGCCACCAUCGUUGAUCUCGAUGCCCAUCAGGGCAAUGGGCAUGAACGGGACUUCAUGGGUGACAAGCGCGUGUACAUCAUGGAUGUGUAUAACCGCCAUAUCUACCCCGGGGACCGCUUCGCCAAACAGGCCAUCAGGCGGAAGGUGGAGCUGGAGUGGGGCACGGAGGACGACGAGUACCUGGAUAAAGUGGAGAGGAACCUCCAGAAAGCCCUCCAGGAGCACCUGCCGGACGUGGUCGUGUACAACGCAGGCACCGACAUCCUUGAGGGCGACCGCCUUGGGGGGCUGUCCAUCAGCCCCCAGGGCAUCGUGAAGCGGGACGAACUGGUGUUUCGGGUGGUCCGCGGCCGCCAGGUGCCCAUCCUCAUGGUGACCUCGGGCGGAUACCAGAAGCGCACGGCCCGCAUCAUUGCCGACUCCAUCCUUAAUUUGUACAGCCUGGGGCUCAUUGGGUCUGAGUCCCCCAGCGUCUCGGCACAGAACUCGGACACCCCUCUGCUGCCUCCCGAGGUGCCCUGACCACGCCACCCUUCUGCUCUUCUGCGCGGUUCCCUGCCUGCCUCAGCCCGGCCCGCCCCUCAGCGCUUCUCCUUUUCUAACCACGGGGUGGUGGGGGCAGCUGCCAGGAGGUGCCGAGGGGCAGGGGCCCGUCCCCGACCGGGCUGGCCUUAGGGGCAGCCCCUCCGCUCUCCCCAUUGGGUGUCAGAGGGUCUCCAGGCCCCUCUGUGGGCGGGGGCAGAAGGCAGGGCCUGAGUCCCAGAAGACCUCCUGUGGGGCCCCAGGUCUGACCAGGCCCUGCAGAGGCAGGCAGUUUCCCGAGGAGGAGGGAGAAGGGCAGGUGAGGCUUUGGGGGCACGAGUCAUGUGAUUUGCCCCACCCUUUCGCCCUCACCUCGGGCAGGGCAUGGGGAGCCAUGGGUGCCCGUGUCCGUGUGGGGGGGCCUGAAAGCUGGGUGCUGCAGCGAGGCCUCUGGAGGGGGACUCUGGAUUCCCAGCCAGCAGGCAGGACACCUGGUCCUGGGUGUCCUGGAUGUAAGGGGUGGCGGGGAACGGGGCUCGAGUGGCGUCUCCCCUCUGGUGUUCCCCUUCAAUAAAGCAAGGGCUGGACCUGCUUUCCUAGGGCUCCUAGGUGCUGAUAAGGAGAGGAGAGGCCUGAGGAGCUCCAAAUCUGUGCUUUAGUCAUGGUCCUGCCUGUCAGAGAUGGGCCUCAGCACUGGGGGCUUGAGGGGGCUGCGAACCCCGCUGAGGAGGGGACAGAGGAGGGUGAGGCCCAGAAGGGGACACUGGGGAUGGGGACAGGUGGCCAAGCCGGGUCCUACAGGACCUGAGGCCCCAGGUGAGGACGGAGGUGCCGGUGGUCAGGCUGGAAUUCUGGGAAGGAGGGCAGACAUAUCCAUCCUGGCCCGUGGGUUGUAACGGGUCCUGGGGCAGGGCCUUAGGUGGGGCUAUUGCUUCCAGUGUCCAAGGUCCCAAGUGGGCCCUGACUUCUGGUCUUUGAAAAACCCCAGACCCUGACCUUAUUCUCAGCUCUAAUCUGAAGGGGACACCCUGGGCCCCCCGCAGAGAGCUGGGUGGGGAGAGCAUCCACCCUUCAUUACCUGAGUGUGUUCUUAGCGAUCAAAGGUGGGGUGGGGAGAAAAAGUGGGCCAGCGGAGGCACAUCCCGGUCCCCGGUCAACCGCACCUGGGGGACUCCCGUUCAUUACCAUCUGGGGGUGCUCCUGCAUUUCCCCACUUUCUCCCUUACACUCCCUUGGUGCUCCCUCUGUUGGGGGACGGGAGGAAGGGCUUGAAAAUCGUGAACUGUCAAAACGGCUGACCUCCUGGACUAGACCUCGAGGCACUAACCACGCCCUUGGACCCCCUCACCCGCCCCCUGCCCUUGCCGUUGGUUUCUCUGCAUCUGACUCAAGGUACCUAACAUCCCCUCAUUUCCACCUGGGGCCUGUGACACGUGGGGGCAGGCAGUGGGCUGGCUUCAUCACCGUUGAGCUUCUGUUUGUAGAGAACCAUAAAGGCUCUUGAUCGGA